ACCACGCCGGCACAACUACUUUUAUUGCUGCCAUAUUUAUAGCGACAAACGCACAUAUCUUUUAUUAUUUAACAUUUAAUGUGGACGGCAAAUCAUGUGUUAGAUCAAUCAACUUGUUCAAGCGAAGUGUUAUCAAAGAAAUUUUUUAACGUUUUAAAGUGAUUUUACUGUUCAUGUGAUUAAUUGUGCUUUUCUCAUGGCCAGAUUCAUUGAAAGCGAUUUUAAAUACUGAAGAAAAAUGCCAACGGCGGACGCAGAGCCAGCUCUGGUAGAAGACAUCGGUCAAUUAGAAGACUUGGAUGAACCCCCUGCUGGCCGAGGCGGGAGGGGAACGGGUGGAGGUGCCAGAGAAAACGGGAACAGAGGGUCUCGUGAUGUCGGUAGAGAUGGACGAGAUGCUCGUGACAAUGGACAGGGUGGUAGAGCCGGAUUAAUGAAACCCCUCGUAGUUCUAGCACUUCCGGGGAUGUAUCUUUUUUAUAAGUAUAGUCAGUAUCGGCGUGAACAGCGUGAAUUGUCAAGGAGAAGAAUAACUGAACGUGAAUUGCAGCAUUUACAUCAUAAAAUUGAUAAACUACUCACCAAGUUAGAAGAAAAUGAACCCGAGCUGGCUUCCUCACAAGAAGACGAAUGUGUCAUCUGCGUAAACGCAAGAGCGACCAUGCAAACAGCGCCAUGUGGUCAUCGUGUGGUUUGCAGACGAUGCUUUGUUAAAACAAUACAGAUGGCCGUUUCUCAAAGACUGUUACCCCUAAGAUGCGUCAUCUGUCGAGCUAAAAUUUUACGAUUAAAACAAACGCUUAUUCCUCGUGAUUAUUCGAUGUCGGGAAAAUCGUGGGUACUGCCUCAGAGUGCAUCAGAGUACAGUAUGGGCGCAGGUGUCGGAACGAGCGGGAGUGUCAGUGGUAAUAGAUGGUCUAGUGGUAAUGUACCAGCAUCAGCUUCACUCUAUUCAAUGGCCAGUGGAUCAUCCUCAAUAUCUGGCGUGUCUUCCGUAUCGUCAGCAACCUCGACGUCCUCAUCUUCAGCAGGAAGUACCGCUAGUGCUCCUGUUAAACUUUCCCGACACUUGAGACAGCCAUCAGGUGUUACCUUCAGACGAACACAAACUCAGUCCAUGAAAAUGAGGAUACACGAGUACCAGGAUCCCAGCCCACAGAUUAACGAUAAUGAUGAAAACCGUGAUAAUAAUAAUAAAAAUGACCGUCGACUGCCACCGAUCAAAGAGUUCCAGCGAGAUUAUCGAGCUGGAAAAGCUUCCACAAGGCUUAGAUGCGCACAGAAAAUCGUAACUCAAUUGGAAAUAUCACCAAGCUAUAGAGUGUCACUUUGUAGCCCUGCGACGACAUCAAAUGCGGAAGCAUCAACGCCAUCAAGACCAACAUCAUCAUCAUCAACGUCAUCCUCCGUAUCCGCGACAGCUUCAGUAUCAACAAAAACAGUAACUCCAGUGUCAUCAACAAAAAGACCGAGUAGUGUCUCGAGAAAGCCUUUGACGGCAGUUCAAGAGGUCCAGAAUUCUAAAAAAGAAAAGGAGAAAGAAAAAGAACGUGAGAAAGCGGAAAAAGCGCGAAUUAAAGAAGAAGAGAAAGCGGAAAAGGCCAGACAAAAGGAGGCGAAAAAAUUGGCUAAAGAAGAAAAGAAGAGAGCGAAAAAAGAAGCCAAGGCAAGACGAAAGGAAGCCGAGGAGGCUCUUCUACGAGACGAUAAAUAAAAUUUUUUUUAUUAUUUUGUUUUGAUUUUAUUUUUCCUGCCAAUCCUAGAAGAUCAAUUGCCGAACAAUAAUGUUUUUUAUGUUAUUUAUUAUCAAUACUAUUCUUACGAUUUUAAAUGAAUCCUAAUUAACAAGCGGCUUAAAAUCAUAAACAAAAUAAUUUUAAAAAAUAGGCGAUAAAAAAAACGUUAAGUCUAGUGGCCAAAAAAUAUUUAUUAACUGUAAUUGUAACUUUAUUAUUAUAUACAUUUAAUCCUAUAGGGAUUUUUUUGCAUUUAUCAAUAGCCAUGUGCUAAAAAAUAUCAGGUUAAUUUUAGACUAAUGCAAUUAGUUCGGCUAGGAUUUAAAUUUAAUGCCUCACUUAUCAUUUUUAUUGACUUCUCAUUACUUCUAUAGUGUUUUUUUGCUUAGAGCUAAACAUUUAGUUUUUAUUACUGAGUAAUUAGUUAAGAGUGAUUUUAUGUGAUAAUAGAAAUUUGAGAUCACAAAAUGGCGGACAUAAACUAGACCCGCUUGAAAGUUUUAAAAGUGUAUAAAAAUUAAAAUUUAUAAUUUAGGAGGUUCAGAUAAGUUUUUUUUGGUUAAUCAGAAGUGAACUUCAUCGAAAAGUCUUUUGAAGAAUUUUAAUUAAAAUUUUUUUCUGAUCAUUAAACCUUAACGUUGAACCUGCUCCAAAAUGGCGGAUUGUAACAUUCACUUAAAAUUUUCAAGAACAUCUAAUAACUAUAAUUUUGGAUUUAUUAGUCUAAAGUAAUUCUUACUAGUUAAUUAAAAAGUGAAUUUAGCUAAAAAAAACUGAUUUUAUUAUAAUUAGUUAGCAUAUAAAAUUUAAAAAUGUGAUAAAAAAUUUUUUAUUAAUUGUUAGGUUAGAAAAUUUUGUUCUCUCUCUAGCGGAUCUAAGUUACGGUAAAUUAUGCUGCUAAACACUGUGACCCUAUGGCAGACGACGUAUUUUACGGUAGUUUAUGGACAAAUCCCGGGAAUUUGUUAUAAAUUCCCGAAAUAUGUGAAAAUUUCGGGAAUAUCGAUAAAUUUCCGGAGCGCGCGGAAACUUACGACAAAUUACGGAAAUUUUAUAUCAAUUAUUGUGACGUACUGUAAUUUACGACAAAUUACGAAAAUGUACUAUAAAGUAUCGUAACACGGUAAUUUACGGUAAAUUUCGGGAAUUUCGAUAAAUUGCCAGAGCGCGCGGAAACAUACGACAAAUUACGGAAAUUUCAUAUCAAUUAUCGUGACGUGCUGUAAUUUACGAUAAAUUACAAAAAUUUACUAUAAAGUACCGUAACACAUGGUAAUUUACGGUAAAUUUCACUAAUUUUUCCGUCGUAAUGGUACAAUGCUUCACUUUACAGUAAAUUAUUGUAAUCUUACAGUAAAUCUGUUCGUUUAAGAUGACAUACCACGAUUUUAUGUUAAACUACCGACUGUUACUGUAACAUAUCGCAGAAUUGUCUUAAACUUACGGUAAAUCUCCGUAACUAUACUUAAAAUUACCGCAAUUUUUCCGAAUACCGUAAAUUAGAUAAUUACCAUAAUUUAGACCCACUAAGGCUUGUUAAUACGUUAAUUGGCCGUAUGUUAGUUUAUUAAUUACUUUAUAAGUUAAUGAUCAAUGAGAAGUCAAUAAUUAUUUGAAAAAGUGGCGCCAAUCUUUGAAGAUCUAAAAUAAUUAAUGUUUAAGGAGCAUGGACGUGUUUAAGUCAAUACUGUCAGAUUAUUUGUUAGCCUAAAGUAAAUAAAUAAUUAAAUUAAGUUUAUAAUUUUAAAACUACAGAGCCAGAGAGUAAAAUCAAAAUAAUGGUUUUUUACUAGUAUAUUUAAAAAAUAUCAAAAUUACAGAUUAACGGUAUUCGGUACACGUAAUAUUUAUUGUUAAUAGUAGAAUAAGUCGCUGAGAUUAAUAAUAGGCGAAAGUGGGGCAAAAUGAGAAACUACUUUUUAACAAAAAAAAAAAAUUUUUUUUGUGAAUUUUGAACUAAAGUCUCUUGAAAAGAUAUGGGGUAAGAUGGACAGCCCAACGUACGAAAUUUAAAAAAAAAAAAAUUUUUUUGCUGAAUAAGGUUAAAGGCCUUCUUAUUUUGCCCGAAACUUCCCUUAAUAUUAAAAAAAAAAAAACGUGAUGAGAUUGUUAAUUAUAAAAUGUAAAUUUUAUAAAAAAUAAUAACUUUAAAUGCACAUAUCAAAAAUCACUAAAAAUGUGUAUUUGGCUUUUUAGUGAAUCGGCUAGAACCCUAGUAAGUCAAUUACCAUUGUUGAACAUUUAUCAUCAAUUGUUAAUUAAUAGUAUAUUUAUUUAAUUAAUAAAUAUUUCAGUCUGAGUAGUUGAUCAUUAUAUUGUAUGCAUAGUAUAUAUUGAAUAGUAUGCUUUUGAAUCAUGAAAAUGUAACUAUAAAAAUUAGAUAAUUAAUCAAUCAAUUAAUUAAAUAAAAAAAUGGGUUGUGAGAUUACGGUAUGGAGGAGCUUAAAUGCUUACUCAGCUGCGUUGUAAGAUAACCUUUAAAUUUAUUUAGAAAUAUAUACAUAUAUAUGUAUUAGGAUGGCAAUAUUUUUUUGAUUUUUUUCGUGUUUGAAACUGAUUUGAAAAAUUUUAGAUUGGAAUUUAAAAACUUUCAUGUGAGUUCUAAAUAAAAAAAAAAACGAAAAUAUAUUGCUACCCUACUGUAUAUACAUAUAAUCUAUAUAUAUGGUACAUUACUAUUAUUAAUCUCAGUGGAGUAACUGAUAAACUGGAUUGUAAAUCAAAAAAUUAAAGUAGGAUUGGCGACAUUGCGAUUUCUUUAGUAACGAUUUUAUAAAAAUAACACAAAUUCUGGUCUCUGAAUAGAACAAUUUGGUCAUUAGUCAAAACCCUGUUUAAAAAAAAAAUUUAUCAAAUUUACGUGUAUCGAAUAGACCGAUAAUGAUUUUAAGUUAAUUGAACAAAAAAUAAUACUAAGAAUGAUCAAGUGGAAUUAUAAUUUGAAUUAGGACACUAAUGAAAAUGAUAAUAUAUGAAAACAAAAUAUAUAUACAAAUAUACAUAGAUUACUCCAUAUACAUGCAAAACUAAUUGUGUAAACAAACAAAUUGUUGGCAAUAAUUGUUUAAUUAAAAUAUUCAAAAAAAAAAUUUAUUGAAAUGACAUUAUACAUAAAGAGUCACGGAUUCAAUAAGAAAGAUAUGAAUAUUCAAAUUUUUUUAUUUUCAAUUUUUUUUUUUAUGUACAAUAAAGAAAAUUCAUAUCUUUUUUGAUAAAGUAAUUAAGAAAGGAGCCGAAAAGGGGGCGGGGGAUAGGAAACCCCAAAAUUUUAAAAAAGGCUUAUUUUGAAUUUUGUUGUUUAAUUUUUCCAAAAAUCAAAAAUGUCAGCCCAAAAAUAUUGAUAACUUUUUUUUGUGAUAAAUGCUACUAAAAAAUUUUUUAAGUCAUUUUUUUCACACGUUUAUUUAAUUUCCAAAAUUACCUUUUUUACCUUUUUUAGAGGUACCAUUUUGCUCGCAAAAAAUAUAACUUUUUUUUUUUAAUUACAGUUGAUUGGUUCUGUUCACUUUGAAUAUCAGAAAAAUAAGGAUUAAACGUGUUUCAGUCUCCGGAAUUUUAUUUCCUCAAAUACUUCGUUUUGCCCCCCUCCCCCUUU